UUUUUAAAUCCUGCUUUUGAAUAAUCAAAUAAACUUUUUGACCGAAAUUUUGCAUGCUGCUUAGAAUAUUAAGUUAUAUUGAUAUUGUGUUUAUAUUGUUACAGGUUGCUAUAAAGAUAAUAGAUAAAACUAAACUAAAUGAAGAAAACUUAGCAAAAAUUUUUCGUGAAGUGCAUAUAAUGAAAAGGUUACGACAUCCACAUAUUAUAAGACUGUACCAAGUAAUGGAAACGGAGAAAAUGAUAUAUUUAGUGACAGAAUAUGCUCCUGGAGGUGAAAUAUUUGAUCAUCUUGUUCGAAAUGGUAGAAUGCCAGAACCAGAAGCACGAAGAAUUUUCCGUCAGAUUGUACUUGCCGUUCAUUAUCUGCAUCAACAAAGAGUAGUUCAUCGAGAUCUUAAGGCUGAAAACUUGUUACUUGAUGCAGACAAUAAUAUAAAACUUGCUGAUUUUGGCUUUAGUAAUGAAUAUACACCUGGUGUUCCACUUAGUACAUGGUGUGGUUCACCACCAUAUGCUGCACCUGAAAUUUUUGAAGGAAAGCAUUAUGAUGGUCCAAGAGCUGAUGUAUGGGUAUGUACUGCUUUUAUGUGUAUGCACAUAUAUUUUUUUAUUCCACAAUGUGCAAUUGUUUAAACAUAAUUUUAUUCUGAUUACUAAUAGAUUUUAUUAAUGAUAUGCAUAUGUACGUGCUGUAAGACUCCUAACUUGACAAAGCCAUAAUAGUAAAACGACAAUUCUUACAGAGGACAACACAUUUUAUUGAGAUCUCUUAUAAUUGCAGAGCUUUAAUAGCACAUCUUUCAAACGUUCUUCUCUUGUAACAAUAUCUUCUGUGAAAAGAUUAUUCUAUACUUCUAUUUUUAAAUUGUACAUUUAUUCUUAUGUCAUAGAUUAUUUCAUUUUGUGUAUUAAUCAUGACAUCUACAAUUUUGGCCAUCUUGAUGAUUAAUUGACUCGAUUAAUUCAACCGCAUUAAUCACGACGCUUACAAUUAUUCGGCCAUCUUGAUGAUUAAUCGACUCAAUUAAUCCAACUAUUUCUAUUCCAGAUUACAUAUUGGAUGUUUCCCUUGAUAUAAAGUGUUUAUUAUCUGAAAGCCUUUUAUAAUAUAACUUAUAACAUAUCGAUCAUUAUAAACCUUUAUGACUUGAUAAAGUCCUUUGAAUUGGGGAACCAGUUUUGAUGGCUUAUUUGGAACACUUACAAAAUUUUGUAUUAUUACAGUCACCUAUCAUAUUUUUUUGUAACUUUCCAUUUCUGGUCAUCAUUCUGUUUAUACACAUUCUACGCUUGUUUGAGAUGUUUGCUAACAAUAGUACGUAUUUUGAUUAAAUUUUGAGAAGGAUUUAUAACUCCCUUAGACUCAAGAGUCUUUGAAACCAUUUAUAAUAUUUUCUUCUUUAAUUUAUGCCAUAUAACAUAUUGGGAUAUUUUUCUGCAAAUCUAUUAACAGUAUUAUUACAAGCAAAUUUUGUUGGAUUGCAAGAAAAGUAAUAUCGUAUUUUGUCACCAGAUGGCUCUAAUAUUUUAUUAGUGAGCAAUUAAUUCAAAUCAUGUAAAUGCAUAUACUAUGGCCGAUAUUCAUAAUCAGUUCUUAUUUUAAGACCGUCUUAAGUAAUGUCUUAAGAUGCUAAUAUGGUUCUGUGAUUGGCUUAUGACAUCUUAAGAUCGUACUCAAGAUGGUCUUAAAUAUAAUAAUCGACUGUGAAUACUGGCCUAUGAGAAUUGUAAAUGCAUAAUAUAACAAUUGUAACCUCUAAGCAUUUAUUACAUAAAAAUCGUUCGACGUAGAAACGUUUUCUUCAAGAUCAAGAGAGAAAUGGAGUAAAAAAGUUGUAUCUCAGCUGUCUAAUGUUUUAUUUUUGAAAAGGAAAAAAUGCAAACGAAAAAGAAAAUAUGUGCCUUAUAUACGAAAAAUGCCGUAACUGAACAUAUAUAUCUAGUUGCAAAGUUCGUGGUGGUGAUACGACACUCACAGAUGAAAAACGCUUUGGUUAACCCGUUGUCGCUGACGACAAUGAAAUCAAAAUUUUAAUCGCGAAUAAUCAGUGGUACAAGACGCGGGAGAUUGCCAAGCUAUUCCGUUUAUCAUAUACAAUCGUCAUUGAAUGUUUGCAUAUGCUGAAAUAUGUGAAUUGUUUAGAUGUUUGGGUGUCGUAUGAUUUAAGUAAAAAAAUUUAAUUCAUGAUCGCAUUUUUAUUUGCAAUUCAUUACUUAAACGUAAAGACUACUCAUUUUUUUAGACGAUUUGUAACAGGUGAUAAAAAAUGAGUUAUCUGUAACAACGCAGAUGAUUCUGGGGAAAGUAUUAGAAAAAUUGUUAACUACUCUAAAACCUAGGCUUUAUCCAAAAUUAUGCUGUGUAUUUGAUGAAACUGGAAGAGUGUCUUGUAUUUAAUAAUAAAUUUCCAAAGAAUUUAAUUUGGACAAGUACUGUACUUAAUUAGUUAAACUGAAGGAAGCUAUUGCGGAAAAAUGACGCGAAUAGAAAAGAUGUUUUAUUCCAUUAGGACAACGCUAAUCUUUUAUGUUAAUCACUCAGAACAAAACAUUGUGACUCAGGGACAUUUUAUCGCAUCCAGCAUAUUCAUGUAUUAUUGCUUCUUCAGAUUAUUACUUGUCCUGAUCCUUAUAAAACUUUUUUAGUAAUAAAGAGUUUAUUUUUUUUGGAGGAUUGUAAAAACCAUCAUCAACAGUUCUUCAUUGAAAAAAACAUUCAAGUUCUAUAUGCAAGGAAUUUUGUAGCUGCCUAAAAGAUGACAAAAGGUUGUAGAAAACAAUGGCCAUUAUAUUAGGGUAAAGUAGCGUAAUUUGGUG